GCCUGGCACGCCUGGUACACUGGUAGACAGCAUGUGAUAUCGCAGCAGUCAAGAAAUAGAAACUAACUCCAUCCUCCACUAAAUGGAAAUCGAUUCUGAUGGCGCAUUCCUCCACUGUUGGCUCUCUUGUCGGAGCCCUGGCCGGCAGCAUCACCGGCCUCUCCGAGAAGAAAGAUCAUCCGAAAUUCAAAAGAGCAAGGGAUCAUGCGGUGAGGAAUUUACGAUCGCAUAGCUUCGUUCGACCGAGCCAGUUCGAGACGAAAAACGCCGUCGACGGGUUGGUCGAGAAGUUUCAAGUACUGGGUCGAGACGACCUCGCCGAUGCUCUGGGGCAAUGUCUUGGGGACCUUACGGCAUGGAAUUCAAAAUGGACACCGGAGUAUCUUGCUCUACUGCUCGAACUCUCGCAGGAUCCGGUCCGCAAGGGACAGGUCAAAGAGACGUUGCAUGAACGGGCGCUGACACUGCCCCUGAGGAUUGAUUGGAAGAAUAUCAUUGCAAAGUCGAGACAGAAAGAAAUCUGGGAGGAUAUCGACUAUGCUGCGCAGUCUUCUGAUGAUGAGGAGGAGGAGACGAUGAGCGAACCGGAGCAGAAGCCGAGAACGGCGCAAGAACUCCCCGAGGACGACAUCAUAGAUCUGGCCUCAUAUGUCGUCCCUGUCGAUGAGACCGCCCAUCUAUCCCUCUUCUCGCCAUUUCCGAAAGACGAGACCUUCGCACCGCAGACUCAACGAGUUUUGCUACCCCCGCAAGUGGUCCCUGAGAUUUUCUUCAUCCGCGAGUCCCUCUCGAUGCUCCACGGGCUUCCGACAUCUCUCUAUUUUGUCCGCAUAGAGACGAAGAAGAACGUGUCUGUUCAACUGUCUGGACCGCCGAUUUUCUUCGAGUCGGCUACGGUCGAAACGUGCAAGAGCCUGUCGCGAGCGUUUGCGGACUUGGGGGCCAGCAUCAACGUCGUACGCACCUGGCAUGAGGGAGGCGGAAGCAUACCUUGGCUAGAAGCGUUCCAGGACGAGACUCGCGCUGUCAUUCGGUCGUUUGAUGCUAGCAUUACGCAGAUUGAGCAAGGAUUGUUACGAACUACAUCUGAACGGCUUAUCAGCGCCCUUUCAGUCCUCGAUUCCGCCCGGGAAGCUGCGCGUGUUCCCGUGCUCUUCUCACGGAUCGCCGGGGCAUCCAUAGUGAGACCAGGGCAAUUCUCUCGGCUGGACGGAUUGUAUGACAUGACAUGCCAAUGCCAGAUUACAGAACCCCCGGAGGUGUUCCAGCGCCUGGCGACGACACUACAUCGAUGCCUGGAAGUGUACCUUCGACCCGUACAACGCUGGGUCUUCCACGGGGAAUGGGACGAUGAGAAUCGCGUAUCCUUCCUGCGCACUGAUAUGAUUGGCACAAGCUUUAAUACGACUCCCACUUCCCAAUUUCGGGGGGGCGACAACAUACGAAACUACCAUACCCCAACGUCGAUUCGGCCCGAGGCACCGAAAUUUUUUCAUCAGAUUAGCCUCCUCAAGGCGAUUACCAACGCCGGGUUGGCAGUCCAGUUCCUCAAGCGGCUCGGGUACACGAGAGACGAUGGAAGAUUGCCACGACACGAAUCCAUCACGUUGAUUCCCUUCCAUGGGGGUGCCGACUUCAUCCCUUUGGAACUGCGAGUCGAGGACGCGCUUCAAAAAUGGACGAGCGAAGCGACCACCGGUUCGCAGACACGGCUUUACGAAGCUGUGGUCCAUGGCCGCUCGUUCAUGCGCUAUGUCGACGGGCUCCAUGCGGUGUUCCUCGCGACUGAUAAGUCCGCGUUCGCCGAGUUCUCCGACGCAGUGAUCCUUGCGAUACGGCAGGCGCCGGCCGGAAUGCUUACGGAUUCGGCCAUCACGGCACUUGCGCAGAACUAUCUGGGACAGGUCCCUCCAGUCGAUGGCUGGAGGAUAAAGAUAUAUUUCCCGAAAGAGGCCGAGCACCGCAAUCUGGUUGAGAUAAGCCGAUUUGAGCUGCAGUACAAGCUCCCUUGGUACGUGCAGAACGUAGUCCAACACCAAGCCAUCGAAGCGUUCCAACGCAUCUUCUCCCUCCUGCUCCUCAUGUCAUUCGCGAAGACGAGCAUCGAGCAGCAACAGAUCUCCUUCCGCACCAGGUCCUGUCCUCACGGGCCCUCCUGCGCCUUCUGCACCCGCCUCUCCGCCCUCCGCCACCGCUUCCUCGUCUUUCUCGGCAUCUUCGCGUCAUAUGUGACGGUCACCGUCCUGGAACCGGCGAUCGCGGGCUUGCGGAACGAUAUCAGCACCUGCGCCCGCUUCGAUGUGCUGUGUGAGCUGUACGAUAAGUUCGCGGACACCGUCGAGUCACGGUGUUUGGCGUCAGAGAAACUGCGGCCGAUUUUCGAGGCGAUGGAGGCGAUUCUGGUUGUGGGGAUCCGGAUACCGGGGCUUCGCGCCACCCAUCUGGGGAGAGAAGGGACGGUGUCUGCACAACGGGGGACGGGUCGGUAUAUUCCCGGCGACAGUGAUUCGGACGCCGAUGAGGAUCUCUUCGAUGAAUUCCCGAACGGCGACAAUGAGAAAGAUGUUGAUGGCACGGUGAGAACGCUACAGGAGGAGUUCGGCAGGAGGAUCCGGUUCGCGGUCGCGGGUCUCCAUGGCAUUGGACGCGCGGGGGACGAUUCGACGUGGAGUCUGCUUGCGGCGAGGUUGGAGCCGUUGGUUACGAGCUAGUGAUACCCAUGAGGACGGAUAAUGAUUUAAUGCAAUCAGCGCCACGUCUAAUUGCGCAUACGAUGCCUUACCCCUGAAUGAAACUAGUGAUU